UGAUCUUCCGCACGGCCUCCGUGAUGCGCGGCUACUACAAGAUGCCGCGCGAGACUGCCGAGGUCGUGGACGCCAACGGCUGGUGCCGCACGGGCGACCUGGCAUUCUACGACGAAUCCGGCCGCGUGCACAUCGUGGAGCGCCUCAAGGAGAUGAUCAAGUGCAUGGACAACCAGGUGGCGCCCGCCGAGCUGGAAGAGCUGAUCUUGUCCAGCUGUCCGGCGGUGGCCGACGUGGCCGUCGUGGGGCUUCCCCAUCCCGACUACGGAGAGGCGCCCACGGCGUUCGUCACUCUCAAACCAGGACAAGACAUCUCCGAGAAGGACAUCAAGACGGUCGUGGCCGAAAACCUGGCCACGUACAAGCAGCUGCUGGGAGGCGUCUACUUCCCUGCCUCGCUGCCGCGCACGGAGAGCGGCAAGCUGUUGCGCUCUGUGCUGCGCACGGACCCAAAUUACAGGAUGCGCAGCGAGCACGUGGCAGCCUCGUGACCUGCACGUGCCGGCAACCCGACUGGAGCAGCUAUUUCCAAUCAAAUUGCGCA